AGGCUUGACCUGAUUAGGGUUUUUAGAAAUUAACUUUCAAACAAAAAAGUGCUUGCAAUACUUAACUUUAGUUGACGCGUUCGGAAAUCACGAAGUAUAGGUGGCGCUCCGAUUUGACAAUUCAUCAGUUAAAGUAAUUCGUUGACGAGUGCGGAGGUGGGACUUAGGUUUUUUCGUGACACAGCUUUUAUAAAAGAUUUUUGACAAAAUUUGUUUAAAUUUCGUUAAGAUCAAUAGCUGCUUUUAAUAAGAAAUGGCGUCCCGUCGUAUUGCUAAAUCUACUUUCAACUGGAAGGCACUAGAAGAACGUGUGCAGCCAACUCAAAAAACCAAUUAUACUGCUCUCAGGGCCAAGUCUAACGCCUAUUUACGUGCUGUUUCGGCUAACCCAGAAAGUCCACCAAAACUCGACUGGGAGUACUACAAGGCCAAAAUUUCGAUCCCUGGUUUAGUCGAGAACUUCAAAAAGGAAUACGAAGCUCAUAAGACUCCUUAUCCAGAAAACAAAAUGAUUGCUCAAAUUGAGCAACAAAUCGAAGAGACCAAAUGCGAAAUUGAGGAGUUUAAAGAGCAAUCUGAGGAACGCAUUGCUGAAUACCAAAAAUCUGUUGCUAUAAUUAAAAGCAAAGUGGCAUUCGACCAAAUGACUAUGGAGGAUUAUCGUGCCGAAUUCCCUGAUUUAGCUAUAGAUCCGAUUGAGCGUCCUACUUUCUGGCCACACAACCCAGAAGAGCAGUUAGAUUAUAAAUCUAUGGAGCAGCAAGCAACAACAGAUCACUAAUUUAAACGCGAUUCAGCUUUGGAAAAAGCGCUUUAGCGACUUUACUAUUUCAAUAAAGUU